AUGCAUCUAUACCUAUCCAGUAACGAGCCGUGGAACGCGACGUACGCCAACGAAGAAGGGCAACCAAUCUAUAAGACAUCAUCGCCCCGGAUGGUGCUCAGCAGGAAAAUAAGCGUCCAUAAAAUUAUUCCCAACGCGUCGGAGGAGGAUCUGCAAGACCGGUUUGCGCAUCUCGCGGAGGUGGAGUAUAAACGAUUCACUCCGAGUCGGAUAAGAUAUGGGGGUGAUGAUUUGCUCACGAGUGAGUAUUUUAGAAAGACGAAGGAGUGGGGGGAUCUUGGGAAAGGUCGAAUUUUCACAGGGCCGGAUGGGAAAGAGUAUAAGUGGAAGCUGGGGAUGCGAGUUCCAGAGCUUGUGACGAAUGACAGAAGCGAGAGACCGGUUGCCAUAUACCGACGUGGACGAAUUGGAGUUGUGCGAGAAGCGCGCCCCCCUUCGCUGGAGAUACUUCCAGAGGCUGAACAUAUGGUCGACCUUAUAGUGGUAACGUUCGUGUAUAUUGAAAAACUCAGAAUGGAUAGAGACAACCAGUCACAGCACAUGGUGACAGAAACAUAG